UACAGACAGAACACCUAGGAAGCAUCUCACGCAUAAUUCAGAUAUUACAUUGGAAUUGGUGUUAUUCGUCCAAGUUUGGUAUCCCUGAAUUCACUAAUACUCUCAUAGAAGGGUAAAUUGCACAAAGGAUACAGAGUGUUCUCUCGGCAGGUGAGAACUAAGAAACAGACUUUGCAGUCGAUUGUAUUAUACUUCAAGGCUUCUUCGUGAUAAAUGAAAGCAAUGACUGCUCAGAUCAACUACCUGCACAACAUGGUGGGAAAAGUGAUUAAGCUACAUCUUCCAUACAAAUGUAUUGUGGCAUUCAAGUACAAAGGCAAGGAAGAGAGAGCUCUGUUGAGAGCUGACAAAAUUGUUGUGGAUGGCCAGUAUAUUCCUAUGGGUAAAUCAAUAGAUGGGUAUCUUCACGAAGGCUCCAUGGUCGGUUUUUCGUGUCAUGGGUUUGAUCAGUCUGGUCAAGACCAGUGUGGGUACUUCGUGACAAUGGCAUGGCACCACGAUCCUGGUGCUGCCGAUAAUGCGAAAAUCAUCCAUGGCAUCUACAGUGCUCGUGGUAGAGUUUCAGAGGUCUCACACAGACACGGAGUCAUCACAUAUGUUGAUACUAAUGAAUGUGAGCACAGUGUCUUGUUCCUUGCAAGUAAGCUGUUCCUCUUUGGGAAGCGUCUGAAUACUAAGCAGAAUCUGCAGUCGACACUCGCUACAGACGACAAGGUGCAGUUUGACGCCGUGCCCUGCGAGAAGUCUGAAAAUGACAGCAAUUGUCCCUGGUUUGCUACAGUUGUAUGGAAGGGCCAGAAACCUAGCAUUGACUACGAUAUGACAGUCUUCCCUGUUGUGCAGACCCAAAAUCUUACCACAGAAAUCAAGCAUCUAGCAUCUAAUCCCAAGUCAGUGUUCGUUUGUGGCGAGGGGCAGAUUCUGAAGAUUUUGAAUGAGGAGUUUGGCAUAGCUCUAGGCACUAUGAAGCCAAACACCUGGCACAGCAUCCUCUUCCACCGCAGUGCCUGCUUUCUUUUCAGAUUAAAUCUAGGAUCACAUGAUCUCACCAAAGUUUUUCAAGAAGGUGACAGAAUUAGGUUCAUUGCGACAAGAGGACCACAGCACAUUAUUACCCAAUGGGUUGCAUCUCAGAUCACUGUAUUUGUUGGCAAAGAACUAAAUGAUUUAUAAUCCGUUUUUAUGCCAGUUUCUAAAAAGUUAAAAUUCUGUGAUGUUACUACCGUCUGUUUAAUACUGGUGCAUUGUGCGCGGCACAGCCUGCGAGGUUAAGACAAAAUGUUAUGAAAAUCGUUCUCUUUAUUAAAGUUGAGUGUUUUUUUUCAAA